AUGAGCCGAAAUACAAUUGUUGAACUGAAUCAAGAUAUAGGAUGUUAUCUACUACGAUUUAUUGACGGAUUAGAUGCGAUUACUUUUAUUGAAGCUGUAAACAAUACUAAUCAAUUUUGGUCAAUUGCAAAAACAUUAGACCACCAUUUUAUUGAGUUAAUCAAAGGAUUCUGUGACCAUCAAAGAAUUUUAUUACCCCGUGCAUUAUUUGAAAGUUUCACAGAAGACUAUGAAAUCGAUGAUGCUCGACUCCGAUUAGUUCCGAAGCACUAUUCGGAUGUUAUUGAGCCGUCAGAGCGCCUAUAUAUUUAUCCAGCCUUCAGUACUGGUGGAUUUGCAAAAUUAUGUGAAGUCUAUAAGACUUCUCUCUUUGAAUGUUAUUCUCGACUUGUACCAUUGAACAACGUUUGGUACAGUGCAGAUUUCGGACUUCUUAAUUAUGAAUUGUACAUUCACACAAUUGGAUCAGAACGUCUAUUAAAUGAUCACGAGAAAAAGUUGUUCAAAGUAAAUACAUAUUUCGAUGUACAACUAGGUCGAACCUCUGAUUUGCAUCCAAUGUUUGUAUCGACUAUGGAAGAAUUUAAUCAGAACCUACUCGUGCGUUUUUCAUCGAACCUAUGGAUGGAAGCCAUAGAUUUCUCAAAAUGGGCUCUUGCUGGUGGAUGUGUUCUAAAUGCAUUGUGUCAAUCGCCAUUUCCAGAUACUAGUGAACAAGAUAUCAAUUUAGUGUACUGUAUAGACGACAUAUUAGAUUUUACAACCGCAGUAAACGUCGCCAUAAGCCGUCUCAAUCAAACAAUCAUGACAAAUUUAAAUGCCGGAAUUAAAACGGAAAAAAUUCCGGGAACACCUAGCUACAAUGUGUUUCUACCCUGUAAUGUACGGUUGAACUUUACCUGGAUGCCGAUAAGAAAUUCAAAGAGUCCACUUUCUCACAUUCUUCAUAAUUUCGACAUGGACAUUUGUCAAGUAGCUUUCAACGGACAUACCAUCGUGUCAACAUUUGCAUUCUUACAAGCGCUCGCCACGAAAUCGUUUAUCAGUUAUACUUUGUAUGCUCGAAGUCCAAAACAUUUAUGUAGUCGUAUACAAAAGUAUUGUAACAGAGGAUUUAAACUUCUGGAACCCGUUGAUUUUGACGGGAAUUUUGAUGUAUUGAUGGCACAAGAAGAAAUUCCACCAUAUCGAGUUGAGCAACAUCAAUAUAUAGAUGAUAAUGGUGACAUUCAAAUUGUUCAAAAAGAAUUUCGCCGGCCAUUUCUAGACAAUAUAGACACAUUUCAACUUCAAGAGAAAUUUAUCAAUAUGAUCUGUCCUGAACUACUACAGUAUAAAUGA